ACGCAUGCGCAGCGGGGGCGGGCCGGGAGGUGGGACCGACCGAGACUUCCGUGUGCCGCCGCAGCCGCCGCCUGAGCGUCGCUGCAGCUGCCCCCGUGGGGUUGUAUUGCCGGCGUUAGCUGCGCGAGGGAAGCGAGGGGACCGACGAAACGUGCGUGCGUGCGCGGGGUUCCCCGCAGUCCCAGCAGUUCCCCUCGCGCCGGGUGGGCGGCGAGGGUCAGCCGCAGUGGGGGGAAGCCCUAGACGGCGCCAUGUCGGCGGGCGGCCCAUGCCCGGCGGGAGCCGGAGGGGGCCCAGGGGGCGCCUCCUGUGCCGUGGGGGUCUCCCCCGGCGGGGUGUCCAUGUUCCGGUGGCUGGAGGUGCUGGAGAAGGAGUUCGACAAGGCCUUCGUGGAUGUAGAUCUGCUCCUGGGCGAGAUCGAUCCGGACCAAGCGGACAUCACUUACGAGGGGCGACAGAAGAUGACCAGCCUGAGCUCAUGCUUUGCACAGCUUUGCCACAAAGCCCAGACUGUGUCCCAAAUCAACCACAAGCUAGAGGCACAGUUGGUGGAUCUGAAAUCUGAACUGACAGAGACCCAAGCAGAGAAAGUUGUACUGGAGAAAGAAGUACAUGAUCAGCUUUUACAGUUGCACUCUAUUCAGCUUCAACUUCAUGCUAAAACUGGUCAAAGUGUUGACUCUGGUACCAUUAAGGCAAAAUUGUCUGUCCCCUCUGUGGAGGAGCUGGAAAGAGAGCUUGAAGCAAACAAAAAAGAAAAAAUGAAAGAAGCUCAACUUGAAGCUGAAGUGAAAUUGUUGAGAAAAGAGAAUGAAGCCCUUCGUAGACAUAUAGCUGUUCUCCAGGCUGAAGUGUAUGGGGCAAGACUGGCUGCCAAGUACUUGGAUAAGGAACUGGCAGGAAGGGUCCAACAAAUACAGUUACUAGGACGAGAUAUGAAGGGACCUGCUCAUGAUAAGCUUUGGAACCAGUUAGAAGCUGAAAUACAUUUGCAUCGUCAUAAAACUGUGAUCAGAGCCUGUAGAGGACGCAAUGACUUGAAACGACCAAUGCAAGCACCACCAGGCCAUGAUCAAGACUCCUUAAAGAAAAGCCAAGGGGUUGGUCCAAUUAGGAAAGUUCUCCUCCUUAAGGAAGAUCAUGAAGGCCUUGGCAUUUCAAUUACAGGUGGGAAAGAACAUGGUGUCCCAAUCCUCAUCUCUGAGAUCCAUCCAGGGCAACCUGCUGAUAGAUGUGGAGGGCUGCACGUUGGAGAUGCUAUUUUAGCAGUCAAUGGAGUUAACCUAAGGGACACAAAGCAUAAAGAAGCUGUAACCAUUCUUUCCCAGCAGAGAGGAGAGAUCGAAUUUGAAGUAGUUUAUGUGGCUCCCGAAGUGGAUUCUGAUGAUGAAAAUGUAGAGUAUGAAGAUGAGAGUGGACAUCGUUACCGUUUGUACCUUGAUGAGUUAGAAGGAAGUGGUAAUCCUGGUGCUAGUUGCAAAGACACAAGUGGUGAAAUCAAAGUGUUACAAGGAUUUAAUAAGAAGGCAGUAACUGAUGCACAUGAAAAUGGAGACCUGGGAACUUCGAGUGAAACUCCACUAGAUGAUAGUGCUUCAAAAUUAGACGAUCUGAGCAGUCUGUAUCAUAAAAAGUCUUAUUAAAUUGACUGUAUCUCCAGACAGGAUUGUUAAUCAGACCAUUGUGAAUUUGGGGCACUAGGGAAGAUGGUGACAAAGACUAUACAAGAUCAAGGGAGGCCGUUCGUUGCCUAAAUGAAAGGCGGGUACCUCAGGGCUUCAUGUGAACAAUUCUAAAUGCAUAAAACCCCCCGUUUUCUGUGGUAUACUAUAAUUAGCUAUUGCAUGUAAAGCAAUUUUGAUUUUCUUGAAAUCGUAAGCACCAAAGCAUGUGUUUCCCAAAGGGGUAUUACUAGGCUAUUAAGCACCAAAUGAAAUACUACUGUUUUAUUUGGUUCCUUUUCCAUUGUAGGACAGUACUAACUGGAAUUUUAUAAGAAAUAGCCUUUAAAUACAGAGAGUAAGUGAAUUCAUAUUAUAUAUUUCAGAAUGUUAACUGUGGUGUUUCAGAGGACAGAACUUGACUCAAUGAAUUGCAGAAAUACAGGCUUAGUUUUUUUUUAAACUAAAAGAACAGCCUUAGGCUUUUUUUUUUUAACUUUAUUGUGCAUCCUGAUAUCUAAAUCAAUUCUCAAUGAUCAUUUACUGUAAUGAGUUUGCCUUUCAGCUUUAUUCAAUGCAGUCCAAAAUAGUUUUCCGUAAGCAAUCUUUUAUCAAUCAGUGCUGCACUAGAAAUAGUUUCUGAAAAGUUACUGUACAUUUAACUUUUUUGGUUUUUAAAAGAAAUGCAGAAGAAUGUAAAAUAUCUGUUCUCAAUUAUGUUGAUCUGUGCAUGGUGUUGGGGCAUUUACCCUUUAAUAUUUAGUCUCAAAUGCUUAUUUUCUGGGAUCCACAAAAGUUUUAUACAUUUUGAGUUGUUCAUAAAGUUUGUCUUGUGAUAGUACUGGCACUUAAAGAUAAAUUUUUCUGGUAGUAAAAGCUCAAAUUUAUUACUGUGUCACAAAAUACACUGCAUUCAAACAGCAGGUUUUUUUCUUAGUAGCCGAUUCACCAAUCAUCUCAAAAGCUAAGGGCAAAAGUGGGCAAGAUGAGGUGAAGACAUUUUAAUAUGGUACUUGUUUUGGUUGGGUUUUCAUGUCAGUGUAUGUUUGACUAAAGCACUUUUCAUAUAUAAACUAUGAAUUUGCUAGUUCUCUUACCCCAGGAUUAAGCAUGGAGUGCCUCCUCUCUUAUUUACUGUUCUGCAGGCCAUUGUACCCUGCUGGGCAAAGUCAAAACAUUGCAUUUCAAGAGGUGAUAGUUUUGCCAAUAUCACUGUUUUAAAGGAUAUACAUUUAAGGGACUAUUAAGUGGGAGAAAGCUUGCAAGGCUUUUAGAAAAUUACCAGUGUCUUCAUUUCUAGCAUACAAAUGUUAUAUGAUAAAACAUGUUUUCUUGUCUUUCCCAGAUGCACUAUAUAUUUGUUCAAAGGUAAAAUCUAUAAUAUGUAUAUACUUUAUUUUGUGAUUUUGCUAUUUAUAAAUUUAAUGUUUUAACUGUUGCUCAUUUAUGGUUUGUUUUGGGUGGUUCUGUUCAUCUGUAUAUCACCAUGUUAAUUUGUAAUACAAGUGCACUUCAUAGUGUAUAUUGUUACUGAUAUUAAAAUACUUUAUAGCAU